AUGCCUGCGCAAGGUUCUCUGGAGCCAUCACCACAACCGUCGUCACAGCCACUACCCCCAAAGUUUGACGCGGAAACUGUGGAGAUAAAACCGCAAAUCCAGGAAGGAGCAUCACAAUCCGACGUUGUUCAGACGCCGCCAUUGCUGGCUCCUCCUGAGCCCGCACAACAAUCGACUCGCUCAGUGUCCGAACCCAGCUGGGUAAUAUGGUCGCGGCGGCCGGACAAUCCUUCGCAUGCACCUGGGGUUAUCAUCUCGCCCGGAGCAUAUCCUCCUGAGGACAUCGUCCACAAGGCGCUUGACCUGCCCACUCCGCCGCUGUCGCCGAAAUCGGAGACAGACGAGGUUUUCACUAUCAGUGUAUCGGACGUACCCACAUCCGAUGAGGCGGCGCCUGAGAUUGUGGAGGUACCAUCGUCGUCUGCUACCGAAACGACGUCGGUGUCUUCCCAGCCAGGCGAUACGCCAGUGCCCGGUUCUCCGGCGUCGUCGCAGACGUCGGUGUCCCUGCCUGGUCCGUCCCCGACGGUGGACAGCGAGGAGAAGGCUCUGGCACAGCCCAAGGCAGAGGACGUGGACACCGCGCCAGCUGCGCCUGCCCAGGAUGUAGCUACACCCGUUGCCGAAUCUGCGCCACAAGCAGCCACAGUGGCGCCCCCCGCGCCGAAGCCCGCUCCUCAGAAGAAAUCAUGGGCGUCGCUCCUGCAGUCAGGCGAUGCGGGCGCGUCGUCGUCCAAGACCCGAUUGCCUGUCUCUACCGUCGUCGGCUUCUCGAUCCCUGCGUCGGCCAUGUCCGGUGCGCCUGCAUCCAGCGCGCCAGGGGGGCCGAUCGCCUCGCCGCACCGCAACGAGCUGCUGAAUCUACUUGAUGGUGGGCCAGGGCCGGCGAACGUGCCGCUAAAGAUCCAACCGCGUGGACUGGUUAACACGGGAAAUAUGUGCUUCGCGAAUGCAGUGUUGCAGAUUUUGGUGUACUGCCCGCCGUUCCACCGGCUGUUCAGCGAGCUCGGGCGGUUCCUGGCGGGGCCGGUGGUGGGCACGCAGAAGGAGGGCUCGCGUGCGACGCCACUGAUCGACGCGACGAUCCAGUUCAUCCGCGAGUUCGUGCCGGAGAGCAAGGCAGACCCGAAGGCGAAGGGCAAAGAACGCGAGGACGACUUUUAUGAGCCUGAGUCGUUUAUCCCGUCUUAUGUGUAUGACGCAAUGAAGGAGAAGAAACGGUUUGCGAGCAUGAUCGGUGGACACCAAGAAGACGCGGAAGAAUUCCUUGGCUUCUACCUUGAUACCCUCGAGGAAGAACUCACGACUCUUUCUUCAUCUCUGUCCGCUCCCAAGCCACAGCCAAGUAAUGUGCUUCCAGAGAAUGACGCUGGUCAACCGCAAGAUGAAGGUUGGAUGGAGGUCGGGAAGAAGAACCGGACGGCGGUCGUCAGAUCUAACAAAUUAGCAGAAUCACCGAUAACUCGCAUAUUCGGCGGCAAGUUCCGCUCAACUCUCUGUGCUCCUCACCAAAAAGACUCGGUCACUGUUGAGGAUUGGCGUUCGCUGCGUCUCGACAUUCAGCGAGAGGCUGUGCAUUUCAUCAAGGACGCGUUGCAACACAUAUCGCAUCCCCAACCAGUUCAGAUUAGCCAGCCCACUCGUCCAGGAGUUGUUGUGGAGGCAACUCAACAGGCACUCAUAGAGUCGCUCCCAACUGUUCUGGUCCUGCACUUAAAGCGCUUCUUGUACGAUACCAAUGUUGGCGAUGUUGUGAAGAUCGGCAAGCAAAUCGCGUUUGGACCAGAUUUGGACAUUAGCCCAGACUUGAUUUCACCAACGUCAUCGUUGCGGAAACACCCCGUCAAAUACCAACUAUUUGGAGUACUGUACCACCAUGGACAGUCGGCGUCAGGAGGGCACUAUACGCUCGAUGUACUACACCCCAACCGUGACCUCAGCGAUCGACCGCGACAAGCUUGGGUACGAAUAGACGAUGAAUUGGUGUCGGACAUCCGUCCAGACGAUGUCUUUGGCGGACCAGAGCGAGACGAUCGUUGUGCUUACUUACUGUUCUACCGCAGGGUGGGCUGGGGUACACCACGGACAUAA